CCAGAUCUUCUUCACUUUUGUAUUUCUUCUCCCACCUCCAUUCUCGAACGUGAUUUGCAUCUAUUCUUUGUUCGACUGCCUUGUUCAACCACCCACCACCUGCUCAUCCACCCACCCUCACAUUGGUGAAUCGGAUUUGCCCCAACGCCACCCACGACAAAGACCGCAAGCCGGACGCACAGCAACACAAUGGCGGCAGAAAGCUCCAAGAAGGCGCCUCUCCCUCUCGACCUCGACGGCCACAACCUCCCGCCAUCGCCCGCGCCGAGCACGCCCCGCAAUGGCAGGAAGUACGCCCUCAUGACGGAGCUCGUCUACACGGAGAGUACCGACCAGUACAAUGCCAGCUCGGUGCCCAUCUACCAGUCGGCCACGUUCAAGCAGGAGUCGGCCACGGGCGGCGGCGGCGAGUACGACUACACACGCUCGGGCAACCCCACACGCACACACCUUGAGCGCCAUCUGGCCAAGAUCAUGAACGCUUCCCGCGCGCUUGUCGUCUCGUCAGGUAUGGGCGCUCUCGACGUCAUCACACGGCUGCUGCGCCCAGGCGACGAGGUGGUCACGGGCGACGACCUGUACGGCGGCUCCAACCGCCUGCUCAAGUACCUGUCGACGCACGGCGGGAUUAUCGUGCACCACGUCGACACGACGAACCCGGAGGCGGUGCGCGCCAUCGUCAACAACAAGACGGCAUUGGUGCUGCUUGAGACGCCGACAAACCCCCUCAUCAAGAUCUGCGACAUUCCCGCCCUGGCCGCCAUCGCCCACGCCGCGAACCCCACCGCCGUCGUCGCUGUAGACAACACCAUGAUGUCGCCUAUGCUGCUCAACCCGCUGGACCUCGGCGCAGAUGUCGUCUACGAGUCCGGGACGAAGUAUCUCUCUGGCCACCACGACCUGAUGGCUGGUGUUAUCGCCGUCAACGACUCUGCCCUCGGCGACAGACUCUACUUCACCAUCAACGCCUCUGGGUGCGGCCUCUCGCCAUUCGACUCCUGGCUCCUCCUCCGCGGCAUCAAGACUCUGGGUGUUCGCAUGGAGAAGCAGCAGGCAAACGCAAUGCGCGUGGCCUCCUUCCUCGAAUCCCACGGCUUCAAGGUGCGCUACCCGGGUCUGAAAUCACACCCUCAGUACGACCUGCACUGGAGCAUGGCGCGUGGCGCAGGCGCCGUGCUGUCCUUUGAAACAGGAGAUGUGCUAGUCAGCGAACGCAUCGUAGAGAGUGCGCGACUGUGGGGGAUCAGCGUGAGCUUCGGGUGUGUAAACUCGCUGAUCAGCAUGCCCUGCCGGAUGAGCCACGCCAGCAUCGACGAGAAGACGAGGAGGGAGAGGAACAUGCCCGAGGACAUCAUCAGGCUGUGUGUCGGUAUCGAAGACCCGGAGGAUCUCGUGGAUGACUUGAGUCGUGCUCUCGUACAAGCCGGCGCCGUGAACAUCACACGCGAGGGUUUCCAAGCUCUAAGCUCGCAGGAGGGCCAGACGCUCGACGCGCCCUCCACGACCGCUGAGUAAAUUCCCGCCAGUGCGAAAAACACAAAAUAGUCACCUCUGUUCCGGCUACUGCCGGAUUAACGUGAUCUCCUCUUUCAUGCCUCACGACCGAAAAGAAAACUGCCUUUUUUCUCUUCUUCUUCUUCACAACUCUCUCUGACCCAGUCACCUCUGUCGCUGUCUAGAAAAUGGUGGUAACGUGAUACUUUGUCCGG